UAUGUCCAUCAAGAUGUAAACUCAGAGAGCAGGCAUCUUAUUUUUCUUGCCCAUGGCUACAUUCUUGGUCCUUAGUAGAGGUUUGGGUUCAGAUUCAAUGUUCGAUAAAUAAUGGUUGAGUAAGGCAAUGAAUGCUCACUUGUUUCUAUUCAAUAAGAGAUUAAUGGGUACUGUUGGGUGUGAUAUUUUCUUGGAGCCAAACUGUGAUAACGUGAAGUCACGUGCAUUUACAGGUGUGACAAAUCAAUAGGAGUGUAGUUAAAAAUUCACCAUCUUCCCAAGGAAUUACAGUAUGUAAUGUGAUGGUCCUAAUCUGCCUUUCUAGGUUCCUGAGAUUCCUGACCCUUCUUCAUCCUCGAGAUAUAGUAGAACAAUAUGAGGCCUGAGAACCGGAGCAGUGUGUCUGAAUUCCUCCUUCUGGGGCUCCCCAUCCAACCAGAGCAGCAGGCCAUGUUCUUUGCCCUGUUCCUGAGCAUGUACCUCACCACAGUGCUGGGGAACCUGCUCAUCAUCCUGCUCAUCAGGGUGGAUCCUCGCCUCCACACCCCCAUGUACUUCUUCCUCAGCCACUUGGCCCUCAGUGACAUCUCUCUUUCAUCUGUCACUGUCCCAAAGAUGCUGAUGAACUUGAAAACUCACCACCAAUCAAUCUCCUAUGUCGGGUGCAUUUCACAAAUGUAUUUCUUCAUAGUCUUUAGUUGUGCUGACAACCUCCUUCUUGCAGUGAUGGCAUAUGACAGGUAUGUGGCCAUUUGUCACCCUCUGCACUAUACCACCAUAGUGAGGGGUGAGCUUUGUAUCUUCUUAGUAGUUGGGUGCUGGUUCUUUUCUUGUGUUAAUGGUCUGUUGCACAGCCUCCUCAUGGGCCAGUUCAUGCAGUGGGAGAAUGAGAGCAGUGUGUCUGAAUUCCUCCUCCUGGGGCUCCCCAUCCAGCGGGAGCAGCAGGCCGUGUUCUUUGCCUUGUUCCUGGGCAUGUACCUCACCACGGUGCUGGGGAACCUGCUCAUCAUCCUGCUCAUCAGACUGGACUCUCGCCUCCACACUCCCAUGUACUUCUUCCUCAGCCACUUGGCCCUCAUUGACAUCUCCUUUUCAUCUGUCACUGUCCCGAAGAUGCUGAUGAGUAUGCAGACUCAACACCUAUCCAUCUCCUAUCCAGAGUGUAUUUCACAGAUGUAUUUUUAUAUACUUUUUGCUUGUAUUGAUAACCUCCUUCUUGGAGUGAUGGCAUAUGACAGGUAUGUGGCCAUCUGUCAUCCUCUACACUACACCACCAUCAUGAGGAAGGAGUUCUGUGUCUUGCUGGUAACUGGCUCCUGGAUACUCUCUUGUGGCAGUGCCCUCUUGCACACUCUUCUCCUGACCCAGCUGUCAUUCUGUGCUGACAACACCAUCCCCCACUUUUUCUGUAGUCUCCCCAUCCUACUUAAGCUUUCCUGCUCAAACACUUCUCUCAAUGAGCUGGUCAUAUUUACUGCAGGGGCUGUGGUUGUCAUCUUUCCAUUGAGUGGCAUCCUGCUCUCAUAUGGCCGCAUUGGAGCCUCUAUCUUAAGGGUCCCUUCUACCAAAGGUAUCUGUAAAGCUUUGUCCACCUGUGGCUCCCACCUCUCUGUAGUGUCUCUAUUUUAUGGAACAAUAGUGGCACUGUACUUUUCUCCCUCAUUGAGCAACUCCAAUGAGAAAGACAUGAUUGCCUCGCUAAUGUAUACAGUAGUGACCCCCAUGUUGAAUCCCUUCAUCUAUAGCCUAAGGAACAGAGACAUGAAAUUGGCUAUGGGGAUACUUUUCAGAAAUGAUAUUCCUUUCUCCAAGUGA